AUGGGUACCAGUAUGGAAACAGCAAUUUCAUCGUCUACUUCGCUCACUGCAGCAGUCGGUAAUGAUGCAGGAAAAUUGCAGUGGAUAGUACUAAACCAUGUGGAAGGUGUACAAAUGCGUGAAAUGUUCUGGGAUUUAAGUAAAGAUGUUGACGUGGAUAUGCUGGCAUGUAGUGAUGCUGUCAAACUAUUGCGCACGAUGACUGAGGAAGAGAAGACACAGUGUUGCAAAGCAUCUCUUUCUCUACUUUCAAACAAGGAUGAUCCUCGAUACAUCCAUUAUGAAAGGAUUUUAUCUUCUAUAUUUAUGGCUGCUUGCAAUGAAGGCGUCCUUCCUCUUUCUGAUUGUUGUGAACUUCUCAUUCUUUGUACCAAUUUUACCCUUACAACGCCAAUGGAUUCUCGCAAGUUUGAGUACAUGCAGAAAAAUUUACAUCUAAUCGAUUACAAAGGGCUUCGGAACAUUUUGAAGUUACUUGUGGUUGAACGCAUGCAGGAAAUGUUACUAACGCUAAUCGAUCGGCAGCUAAACCUUCUUCCAUGCAUUUUCACAAUUACUGAGCUACAUCGUGUGUCCAGUAAUUCACGUGCCUUUCUUUUGCCAAGAGUAGCGAAAAAAUUCAACGAUAUGUUUAUUUCUUUUCGACCACUUACCGAAAUGGUAACAGUAAUCGGUCGAUCAUGGCUUUAUCCUGUAGCUGCUCACAUUUCUUUCCCAAUGAGUACGCCAUCUUGGAAACUUGAGGUCACCACUACUCGGUUGCAUCAACGUGCUCAUCUUCCAUAUAAAUCCGAACUUUUCGCUCCACAGUCUUUUUUGCUUUAUACACUUCUUCGACAGCCUCGCGGAAAAGAUACAAUUUCUUAUGUUAUGCGACAAAACACGACCUUGACACCACAGCGACUGCAGUGUGAUGAAUUGCUGCACAUGAUAAUUCUCGAAGCUAUGAGCGAAAUGGAAAAGACAGACAUCCGCCUUGACAAUCCUGCAAAUCAUGAGCCAAGUUUUGGCGCAUUGCAACUAAUGGAAAUUUUCGUUGAUGCCUUGUCUUUCCGUCUUUUGAAAUUCAUUUUUAAUUUGAUUUUGAUGAAGCUUUCUGAAACAGUAUAUCGAAAAGGAAGAGAUGAACUAAUGUGGGUUAUUUUGCAAUACGUUGCAGUUUAUAUCGACAGAGUAUCAAAUGAGGAGAUGAUUCGCGUUGCCGAAAUUUAUAAUUUACUUUACAGUGAUGAGCAGACAUGGUCUGGUGCAGACACAGAUCCGCUGUUGUUUGUCCGAUUCCUGGUUCCAGCUGCUAUCUGGAUACAUUUUUAUAAGAAAUUAGGUAACUCUCACACGGAGGUACUUCCUAAACCCUCCGAAUCCCUCUGGCGACAAAUACAGUUUCUACAGGAAAGGACAGCAGAUUCAGAUCCCAAUAUCCAGAAUGUCGCUGAUCACAAUGCCGUUCUGGCUGCUGUUGCUAAUGCUUACAGUAGCGAUAUGCCGAACUUCCAGAAGCUAGUUUUAACAGCAGUGGAUGUCUUUUUGGAUGGAUCUCCAGAAGAAAUGAAUACCGUUUGGCAUCUUCCGCAUGGAAUCAUCUCCUACUCAAAGAAGACACCUUUACCACUCUCAUUGAUCGAUUCAUUGACUUUCCAUGCACGGAAUCAUUUAUUCCAACUUUGUUUGUUGAAACUCACAGCUAUGCUUUCAGUUCAGCAAACACAAAAACUGCCCAGUCCUGCAACAAUUGAUACACUUGUGCGUUUGGCGGUAACUACGGAAUUUGAAUAUGGCGUGAAACAAGUAUUGGCGUUGUUGUCAUCCACGUUAGCUUCAGUAAACAAAAAUGCAAAUUUGGGAUCUGCACAACAAGAUCGAUCCCGAGAUUUACUUUUUGUUCUUUGUGAUAUCCUCUCAUAUCGUUUCAUCAGUUAUCCAUUUCCAGUAGGAUCAAAGGUUAAUUUGAUGCUUUGGUGUUAUACAGCACUCGGAAACAGUCAGGUGCAAAUGAAUAUUGCAUUAUGUUCGGCUCUAGAACAGGUUAUGCUACGAUAUUGGAUGUGGAAUUCGCCACAAGAAAUGUUCUAUCUGAGCAAUGCUUUCCUUGGCAAACAAGGCAAAUUGGCCGUCAUAUUCAACACAGCUAAUCCAGCAUUUUGUGAUCCGCAGCAUGGGAAUGUUCAAAUUGAACAGCAAUAUACAAAUUCACAUGUAUCCCUCGAGCUCUUACGAUGCUUACUUCUUUCCAUGUUCAGAUCACUCAAAAUGACAGGCAUUUAUAGAAUGGAAAUGACGGCAGAAAUGAUGCAGCGCUGCAAUGUGAAUUUCUGCUGGCCGCUGUCGAUUAAUCGGACAUACAGCUCUCAACUUAUUGGUUGCAAUGUGGAUGACGGUGUUGCAGAUACAGCUAUAUAUGAUGAGCUCAUGCAUCGUGUCAUUCAAGAAGUCCAUCAAGUACAAGAAAUAAUUUAUGCGCAAGGUUUGGCUGCUGAAGAACAGCUGUUGAAGUUCUUUUCGGGUGAACGGAGACAAACGAUUUUCUGUGUUGUGUAUAAUAUGCUGUUUGAAACAAAGAAGAUACAUCCAGUGAUUUAUUCUGUGCUAAGUUCAAUGAACAGUAAAGAACUUACAGCAACUAUAAAUAAAUUUACGGAUUAUUUCAUAUUUAUUUUCAAAAAGAACCUUCCCUCAGACGAUCAGCAAUUUGCAGCAAUGAUUGGAAUCUUAAACGACAUGGCAUUUAAUUUACACCUAAUACCGCUUGAUCGGCUGCUUACUUCUUUGGUUCUUCAUCCAACUGAUGACGGAGCUACUGAAAUUGCUAUGCUCAUAAUCCAUUCUUUAGUCGGCUCCUAUCCUGAUUUGCAUAAUCGAAUUACGGCAUUGGUGCAUAUAAUUCCAUCAAAUAAAAUUGGCAACACUAGUGCUGCAUUUUUUAAUAAGAUGUCAGAGUAUUACUCGCAAUUUCCGGAACUAUCAUACAGAGAGAUGGAAGCAAAAAUGAGAAGAGAGAUGCAAAUUGAACUAGGUAUGCGAUCAAUGGAGCAGCCAACCGUUAAUCCAGAACUGCAUAUGCCAAUUUACUAUGGUAAUAUUAUGGAACGCAUUCUUCCGAUUGUGGACAUCAUUUUACUUCGAGCGAUAGAAACUGUGGUUGCUGAUCAACUGUUCACGACACUGUUGAUGUGCUUCAAACCAUGCUAUCGAUAUCAUCUGUCAUGUGUCAGGACUGGUAGACAGUGGAUGUGUAUGUUAUACAUAAACAUGAGUAACUUGAAAGAAUUUUUAUGGUCGUGCUCUGCAUGGGUAAAUUUGAGAAGGCGAUGUGGGCGAAUAAUAUAUGCACAUAUCUGUAAAGUAAUCCGUGUUACAGCGCAGCCAGCAGCUUAUAUGUAUAGUGUGCUGUAUUGUUUGGACAAAACUAUCUCACAUACGGUUCGUGCUAGAGAUUUUGUGUUGGAAAUUUGUGGACAGCUGGAAGAUAGGGAUGGUAAAUAUGCUCUCUUAACGCCAUCAUUUAUUUCCGACAAUCAUCAAUUAUCAUUGCCAUCUCAGUUUUGUCAGGCAUUGGUGGAUCGCAUUUUGCAAGCUUCCAACUAUGCCCAUCAGCCACCAGCUUUUGCCUAUAAGGAUUGGAGAUUCGCGGAGAUGCCACCUGCAGGACAAGCUCUUACAGGCGCGUGUAUCGAACUGCUUGCGUCUCCACAUGCACCAGUUAUUACAGCCCAUGCGCUCAUUGAUUUGGUCUUUAUUCGGCCAUUGCAUCAACCAUAUGCCACUAUCAAUGCAGUUUCUCUGAUUUUAACAGCUCUGCCAGUUUCUUUCCAACAAGUUUUUUAUGAGCAUAUUGUAUCUGUGCUCGAUUCGGAGGCACUACAUGGUGAUCCAUCCGUUUGUUUUGGCAGCUUGGAAAGUGAAUGCUUCUUGCUCACCGAAAAUCAAUUAUUAACGAAUCUUGCACUUGGGCAUGCCUAUCUUCAACACUGCAAUACAAGUUCACUGGCAGCUUUGCCUGAAUUUGUACGUGAUCAGCUUGCGCCAAAAUUAGUCACGGAAGCGCAACUCAUAUUCGUACUUCGACUCGUCGUGCCCAUUUUACAACGAUUUUACGAUGCCAAAGAAAGAAGCAAACAGAUACAGGAUCUUGCCGUGGAUGUUUACAAGAUGACGGUGAAAGUAAACGAACGAGUAGGCGUAUUGAAAUAUGAAGAUUCAAUUUGCGAUUUUUUGUAUCAUAUGAAGUAUAUGUAUGUUGGUGAUUUUGUCAAAAAUGAAGCAGAGCAGGCCAUACAACGAUUGUCACCAUCUAUGCGAGACAAGUUGAACUUGGAUUUAAUGGGUAGUUCUGGUUUUAAAAAUCUUUGUGGCUUUUAUUUACUUCCUUGUAGUUCGUAUUUCACGGAUCUAAAUGUUAUGAAACGGGAUGUAUGGAUGGAGCAUGGUGCUGGAAGUCAUACUGCACAAUUCUCUCAGACAAUGAAACUCAUACGAGGGAGCUCUUGGUACUGGGGAAAUAUGUCAUGGAGAGAUGCGGAGAAAGUGCUGAUGAGUCAACGACCAGGAACCUAUCUUGUACGAGAUUCAGCUAGUGACCGCUACAUUUUUACAAUAUCAUAUCGAACCAAACAUUCUGUCCAUCAUACACGUCUUGCACAACAUGGUGGAAACUUUUGUCUUGGAGGGCCAAAUUCAUUGGUGAAAGCGAAUUCGUUAGUUUCGUUUAUCGAAAAUUCGUUGCAGAGCUGUGGUAAAAGAAGGAUCUGCAUGUUGAUGCAUCCGAAAAGUGAUAACACAGGAAUCGAGAUGCUUGAGCUAAAUCAUUUGCUACAUCGACAUGAACUUCUACCAUCCCUGAAAUAUUUGUGUAGAGUGGUCAUACGUAACUGCGUUGAUAAGGAGCUACUUCCAUCUUUACCUUUGCCACCAAAUAUGAUUUGCUAUUUAGAGGACCCGAAAUAUUUCGUCCCUCCUUAUUCACAUCGCGACCUGUCAUAUGAAGAAAUGCUUAAAGCAUACGCAGCACUGAGGUACCUGAAGCGUUAUUCUACUAUAUUUGCUGUGAGUUCGGGUGCGCUACCUGCUGCAAUAUCAGUCAUUCGAGUUUCUGGAAAAGAAAGUCGACGAUGUAUAGAGGAGCUUACGGGUCGGAAAAAAAUUGUACCGAGGCAGUUAUUUUAUACGAAUAUUCAGCGGAAUGGCGAGCUUAUUGACCGAGGCAUGGCGGUUUUUUUACCAGGUCCGAAAACAUCAACUGGAGAAGAUGUGGCUGAAUUCUAUGUGCACGGUAGUAGAGCAGUUGUUGACUGUUUGUUGGAAGCAUUAGCGCAAUUCGAUAACAUGCAACCUGCAAAGGCUGGGGAAUUUACGAAAAGGGCAUUUUUAAACGGGAAAAUGACGUUGCAUGAAGUACAAUCGCUUGCGUGUCUUUUGGCUGCACGAACACAACGUCAACGACGCUUAGCUUUGCACGACAACACUUUAGGCAAACUUGCUAAUGAUGAUAGCUGUGCGGCAGUGACAUUAUCACUUGCAGAUAAAGUGAUGGAAGGCAUAAGGAAGCAACUUAUCGAAAUGCGUGCUUCCGUGGAAGCAUCCAUCGAUUUUGGCGAUGACGUUGGAUUUCAGUGGAAAAAUAUUCGUGUUGGAGUCAGUUCAAUGAUUAACGAAUUGAGCAGCAUUCAAGAACAAAUGCAUCGAGGGACGUUAAUUAAUGAGGGCUUAAAGAUAGUUAUUCUGGGACAAACAAAUGUUGGAAAAAGCAGUUUAUUCAAUCGCAUGGCAAACCGGGACAUGGCCAUAGUAUCAGAUAUUGAAGGAACGACUCGUGACUCAUUGGAAGCAACGGUUCAAUUUUCUUGUAUCCCGGUGACCAUUGUCGAUACUGCGGGAAUUCGUAAAAUUCCCUUGGAUUCUCUCGAAGCAGAAGGCAUCCGGAGAACACUGAGAAGAGCGGUGGAGGCCGAUAUUGUGAUUGUAGUAAUAGACAGUAAUGUUUGCAAGGAUUUCGAAGCAGACGUACGUUUAGUGCUUUCCUGGUGUCAUAUCGAAGAAAAUACAUCUGUUUUUGUUGCUCUGAAUAAGUGUGAUUUACACAGCGUUCCAAAUAAUGUAUUUCUUCCGUGGCCUGCUGUUAAUAUAUCAUGCGUUUCCGGUGAAGGCAUCAAUUCAUUGCUCAAAAUUAUUUGUGAACAUAUCAAUGAGCUAUGUCCAAUGUCCGAUGAUAGCGCUCUUCUCAGUAGCCAGGUUCACCGGUUACUGAUAAAGGAAUCCAUUCUUUUCCUUAGAAAGGCACUAAGAGUGAACGAUGUUGCUAUUGUAGCAGAACUGUUGCGCGACGCAUCGGAUUGCGUCGGUGAGAUAUCAGGUGCAAUUGUGAAUGAACAGAUUCUUGACCAAAUAUUUUCCUCAUUUUGUAUUGGGAAAUGA